AUGGGCAGCCAUCCCUCAGACAGUAUUGCAUAUGUUCGUCGUACAAUGCAUCGACAUGCUGACGUCGUCGUCGUGGGGGCGGGCGUUUUCGGCACGGCUAUGGCUAUAACUCUCGCAAGACAGUCCCGUUCGGUUUUUCUCCUCGAGCGUUCCCUCAAAGAACCUGAUCGAAUUGUUGGGGAACUCCUACAACCCGGCGGCGUUAGAGCACUGGAAAAACUCGGGCUUCAACAAUGCCUUGACGAGAUCGAUGCUAUUCCGGUCAAAGGCUACGAAGUUCUCUAUCACAGUCGAUCUGUUUCCAUUCCAUAUCCUACCGACCACUCUGCAGAUCCUGGGAGGGCAAGUAAGAGACUGCGCGCCGCUGCUGCAGCGGAACCGAAUAUUACAAUUGUCGAAACGGAGGUGGACGGAAUCAUCAAGGCGGAACAAUCGAGUCAGGUUUUGGGCGUCAAGAGCGUGACGAAUAGUGCUCGAGACUACUUUUUUGCCUCGCUGACUAUUGUUGCCGAUGGGUAUAAGAGCAAGUUCCGUGCAGAGAGUGCUUCUCGGAAACCGGUUUCCAAGUCGAAGUUUUGGGCCCUCGAGCUACGAGGUGUUACGCUUCCCUCCCCUUGUUUCGGGCAUACACGAGCGUUGAUAAACGUGCCCGAUGGCCUUCCUAGUGCUAAGCCUAGCGUUGGCGGUGUAUCUCAUUAUAUACGACAAGAUCUAAUGCUUUACCUCCCUGCCGAGAUUCAAUUAUCAUUCUCAAAGAGCCUGGAUAAUCAACGUCUAAGAUUUGGUGACGCAAUGAACAUGCGCCAUCCCCUUACGGGUGGUGGCAUGACUAUUGCACUCAACGACGUUGUCCUUUUGCAGGACCUGCUACAUCCUUCUAAGGUUCUUGACCUCGAGGCGACCUCGCUCCAAAAAAAGAAUCUUACUUCCGUCAUCAACAUCUUGGCACAGGCGCUGUAUGCGCUCUUCUCAGCAGAGGAUCGUUAUAUGGAAGCUCUUCGUAAGGGCUGUUUCGAAUAUUUCAACCGUGGCGGAGCUUGUAUAGAUGGCCCAGCAAGACUUCUUGCCGGCAUUGUCCCCAAGCCGAUAAUACUCAUAUACCAUUUUUUUUCUGUUGCUGUAUUCUCAAUAUGGGUCUUUCUUUCAUCUCAACCAGGAUGGAGGUUACCAUUAACUUUGUUAGAGUGUGGGAUUAUUUUGUUCAAGGCGUGUCAGGUAUUGUUUCCUUGUAUUGCUGCAGAAUUGCUCACAUGA